AAAACUCACCAAAUCAAAAAUCUUAAUCUGCAGGUGGGAAGCCUCCAAAUAUCACCCUCACCUUCAAAUUGAAUUACCUUCAACAGACCUAGAAAAGAUUACCCGAAACGCUUUGGAGGGAGCCUCCGUUUUCUGUUAUAAACUGACAUUCUCACAUGGCGUUUAUGUCACUGGGUCCCAUAGGCCACAAGCUCUCGUUAAUGGCUUACAUUCUUUUCUGAUUCUUUGCCUCUCUUCUACCCAAAUCCUUCUCUCUUUAUAUAUAAUUUAUUGUUAUUAUAUAUCCUUUACAAAUUCAUCUUCACCUUAGGCGACCAGGGUGUUCAAAAUCUUUAGAGAGGAAAGCAAAAGAAUCCCAUUCUCCUCCUUCCAGUUUGCAGUCCCUGGAAAGCUGUACCCUAUAACGGGAUGGACGUGACAGUGCUCGACAGACAACAAGCAACCUAUCCCCUUGAAUUAUGUGCAAGUUCAGUGCCUCUGUUUCAGAGUUAUUUAGGUAGUGGACCAAUAGUUGACCUGAAAAGGCCAGAAGCUUAUUUGGGUGGUGAUGGUUUUCACGAAUUUGUCUACUUUCCAGUGGGUGGAGGACCAGAGUUUGGUGACAGUGAAAAGUUGAAUUUGGUGCCGCCUGAUGCUGCUCCCGGUUACUGUAUUUCUCGGACUUCUAGCUGUCAGAUGACAGCUUUCCAUGCUGCUUCUAUGAAAGAGGAAAGAGAGGAUAUGAUUUUGGAGAAAAUGGAAUCCACCACUGGCAGUGAUAGCAGAGAGAGUUUUACCAAGAGAAAAGCUGAGGUUGUUGCAGACCAUAAAAGCAAAGAUAAGAGGAUCAAAGGUGAAGUGGAAGGGGAAUCUGAGGUGAAAACAAAAUGCAGUACACAAGUUUCCAGGAAUUCUUCAAAGGAGAAUUCCAAGGCUUGUGAGGUUCAGAAGCCGGAUUACAUUCAUGUAAGGGCGCGCCGUGGCCAGGCUACUGACAGUCACAGCUUAGCAGAAAGAGCCAGAAGGGAAAAGAUCAGUAAGAAGAUGAAAUGUUUGCAAGAUUUAGUCCCUGGUUGCAAUAAGGUCACAGGGAAAGCUGGAAUGCUUGAUGAAAUAAUCAACUAUGUUCAGUCUCUCCAAAGACAAGUUGAGUUCUUGUCUAUGAAAAUCGCUGCUCUAAAUUCAAGGGUUGAAUUCAAUGUUGAAAACCUGCCUACAAAAGAGUUUCCUGCUUACGUCGCCAAUUUUCCAGCAGCCGCUAAGUUACCAGCAAUGCCCAAUUUGACCUGCUUUCAGUUAAAUCCAAUGCAAAAAGAAGCUGUAAAUUGCAUGUUAAAUGAAACAAUGCAUCCUCCCCUAACAGCAACUGAAGGAAUUGCAAGUGCUUCUGUUUCUAUCCCAGAACAAGCGCUCAGCUCAUCCACCAUAACUCUGCAACCUUUUUCAACUUGGAACAUGGAUCCUCAAGGUCUUUACAAUGUGUACGAUAUGGGGUUCCAUUAAGAAUGAUCAAUUAAUUUUGUCUCCAACAUCAACAGGCUGUGAAAGGAGAGAAAGUGUACAGGACCACGCUAAGACUAGCAUAAAAAAGCAGAUGGGAAUAGAAAAUGACAGAGGAGGCAUUGUGUUGGAAACUUUAAGUCAUUGUUGGGGGGGCAACAAAGAUGAUAGAGAUGAGUGGAAAGGGCAGGAGCUAGGGGAAGAAAUGGCCCAGCAGCCGCCCAACUUGUGCCUCAUGCAAAUAUGCAAACUCCUCCAUUAGCACUACAAAAAGCAAAUGACAGUUCAGUCAGAUUGUAUUAAAACUAGGAUUAAACAUCCAUCAUUCUUGAUCAUUACGGAGGCCAUUAACAGUUUCAUUUUCUUCAAGCAUAUUUGUAUCAAACAUUUACCCCUAUUCGGCAUUCAUUAACUGAUGCAAUUAAUAUCCAGCAAUUUUUGUUUUGUCAAA